AUGAAUAGUCAAUGUUAUGUUGAAACACCUACAUUUACUAGAUCUAGUAAUCCUGUUCUCUUAGGAGAUGAAGAAGAAAUUAGUUGUCAUUCAGUAUAUAAUGAAUAUACAAAUGGAAUUAUUUCAUCAACAAUUCCUAUGGAAGAAACACCUUGUAUUCGAAUGGAAGAAACACCAUUAAUAAGAUUAAUUAAUCUACAUAUGACUGAAGAACCUCAUUCUCUUACUGAGCAACCUAUUGGCCAAAUCGAAUCAAUUGAACAAAAAGAAGAAAUAUUAAACCAACCACAAGAAACACAUCAACUAAAUUACUAUGAUGAUAUUGGUGAUAUAUUUAAUACUGAAAAUUUAAAAAGAAAAAUAAAUAGAUUAAUAUCACGACUUGAUCAAGUGUUUGAUGUUAAUCCUGUUUUUAUUUGUUUAUUAGCAACAGCUGGUUCAAUUAUGGGAGGACUUUUUGUCUAUAUAGUCAAACCUAAAGUAACUGUUGCCCGUCAAUUUGCAAUUCAGUCUAUUAUAGUAAAUGGUAUUACUGCAUAUUUUACUGUAUUACUUGGAAUCGCAUCAAUUUUUGCACACAAAUUAAUAUGGUUUUUUAUUAUUUCUAUUUUAACAAUGUUAUUCCUUUAUAUUAUUCAAAUAGGAUUGGUUAUUGCUGGAAGAGGAGUAAAAUUUUUUGGUUUUCCUUUACUUGGUACAUGGAUUCUUCGUCAAGCCCAACCAUCAACUCUUUUACCCAAUUAA